GUUGCAGCUGGACCGAGGCAGAAGCAUGAUGAAGAAAUAUCGUAGUGAUGAAACUAAGAAACUCACAGGACACGAGGAAAUACAUACAAGCCAGGGAGAACAGUGAAAUCCAAAGGGAAUCAAACAGAAGCCAGGAAGUCAAAUACCACAGGAGAUGUGAUGAACUACAUGGAAACCAGGACAUUUCAGAGCAUAAACCCUGUUUGUGCGUCACCCACACCAUGGAGAAGGAGAAAUCGGAAGGCGAUGCUCUUCCUAAAUCCACUUGCCCUGUACCCGCUGGCAUACCCAUCAACUGGGGACUCAUCACGGGCCCAGUUCCAGAGCCUGUUCUCCCACCGUCCUCUUUGAAGACCCAGCUGCCUCCUCCGCACGGUUUAGCCUCGCAUGCACUUCAGACCAAAGUGAAGUCGUUGACUCAGAGACGAAUGAGAGGCAGAGAGAGGGAGAAGGACCGAGAGAAGUUGGACGUAGGUGAGGUGCGCACGAGUGGCCCGCCCGGGCAGAUCUCAUCUGAAGUGCUUCUCAGGCCGAGGCCGAGAGCCAAAGGCCAGCUGUUCGUGCCGUCCACCUCCUGGCGGUCAGGCGCCGCAAAGGACUUGAGCAGCAGCGAUGAAGAUGAGGAAGUAGAAGUUCAGGUUAGACUGGAGAUUCACAGUCCUCCUGUAGACCUACAAACAGAGCCGACAGAAGAAAGUGAAGAGAAGAAGUCGGAACAAAACGAGGAGCAGGCCAGCCCCGGGGGGCUCGGGGAGGGCACGAGUCUGGAAAGUCUUCUCUCAGAUAACUCCAGUAGUAGCAAGGAUGACCCGUCGCCUCCUCCUCCUCCUCCUCUGCCUGUUCUCUCCUCCGCUAGCUCUACCACGUCUGCUUCCACCUCAUCCUCUUGUUCAGCAAGACACUGGGCACCUCCAAAGGGCUUCUGGAGAGUAGCACGGCCAGAAACCUUGCUUCUCAACGGGGUUGGCCCUCACAACAUGCCCCCAACAUUACCUUUAAAGGACUACACUCAGAUAGAGACGCCGGUGGAACCUCAGUGCAAGUCCAAACCUUCUGAAGCAGUCAACAACAGGAGUGAGGCAGAAAGUGUGGUCGAGGACGCCGAAGCAGCAUCGGCUCUCAAACAUUCGGAUAGUGUCGAAUUUUACCUGGACAGGUGUGAGCAAAGGGAGGCAGAUGAGGUUGAUCCGGCCAAAGGCCUGUGCAGUUCGGACAGCUGGGAAAGCAUGCCUGCUGAAAGCGGAGUGCUGCGUGCCGACCUGAAGCUACGGGUGAAGGAGAGGGCCUACGCAAAGCUGAGGGAAAGACAACAAAACUGCAAAGACGUCCGAGAUCGCCGUGGAGGAGAAAGCGUCGACUAUUAUGGGGACAUAACAUACAGAGUAGAUUAUAAAGUAACAGGGGACCAGGAUGUUAUAGAAAGCACAGACACUGCACUUCUUGCAAAGGAACUUGAACCAUAUUUAAGAUCACUUCUCGUAAUAAGCGAUGAGCUACCUUUAAGCCCAAGGCACGAGCAAGCCAAGCGUCUUCUGGAGCGAGCCAGGCUCAAGGCUCGGUCCAACCACUUCAAAGACGCCCGCCCCAGACGCUCUCAGUCUGAUCAGAGGUCCACAGUGAAAAAUCAGCAAGUUGAAUCUCCCAAUCACAAACCAGUGCCGAAAGCUGCUCAAACCAAAGAAGAUCCUCCAUCUCAAGCCUCGUCCGGUCCUCUUCUGGUUCCCUCACAAAGGGACACUUCUCCGAGUGAGCAACCAGGUCGACCCAAACGCUAUGGCUGUUCCCCCACACGUGUGCGCUUUGAGGAUGAAUCCGAGAAAGAAGCCGAGUCCCGCUAUUUGGACCGAAUGAGACAGCGCGGCAGACCUGGAAUGCCCAAGUCCAGGUCGAAGGAAUGUAACACAGACUCCAGCAGUAGUGGCUCAGAGAAGAGCAGAGGCCACAGGAGUAUCUCUUUGCCACCUUCCCAGAAGCAAGAAGAUCUUGUGACAAAUGAUGAAACAACUGUUAUUAAGGAGAUAAUAGUACUGGUGAAGAAAUGCGAAGCUUGUGGCUCUGUGGUCAGGGAACCUCAGCCGGCCUCCUCACCAUCUGACCUGCAGAACAGCGAGCCACAGCAGACUGCUGUCCCCGAGGACCCACGGGGGAAACCGACUUCUGUCCCGGUGCUUCCAAACAAACCAGAUACGAGCACUCGCCCCAAGGCUCCACUCACUGUCACAUUUGCUGGAGCUUAUGUGCUGGGAGAAAAUAAAGAAAGCAGCACCGGGUGGAAGUCAUCCGGCUUCGGAAAACUCAGGAGACGCAGCAGAAAGGGAGAAAAUCGUUUGGAGUCCGGCCACGGUCCUUACGGACCAUCUUGGGCUCAGCGACGAAACUCCAAUCCGCGCAAUAGGGUCAACUUGACCAGAGCUGUAACGUUUGCCCCCGGCAGCCCCGUCACUUUAGAGCCACAUUUACUGGAGGCAUCUGGAGGUCUUAGAGAGUCGCCUGCCCCGUCGCUGCCCAUAAAGUCCGCCCUGAAGUCGAGCUCAAGAAAUCGCUCGGCUGCUGGUCAGUCCACAGUUCAGUUCCAGGGGUCCUCAAGUCAGGGAGGAGACAGCGGAUCCCAAUCCCCGGAUACCCCAGAGACAAGAAGGGAGUCUCCUGUGUCUUCAAACCAAGGGUCGCCGGCAGCAAGCAGCCCAGUACCCUGUAUCAGGCCUUCCACUCUUCGCUACUCCCCAGCCAGAAUCCCCACGGAUCUGCCUUCUGCUGAGAUCUGGGAUGCCACUUCAGAUGGAGCAGGUCUAAACGGAGAGAGUGGUUCGGGUUCGGAUUUCCGAGCUCUGCGAGGCAUGGGUAUGUCUCGGGCUGAGGACCUUAGAGCGGAGCUGCUGAGAGCGGAACAUCUGAAAGCUGAGGCUUUGUGGGAAGAAAGCUCUGACGGUUCCAGAAAAUUUGAUGGAAGGCCAAAGCUUUUCCUGCGUCGCUUCUUCUCCUCUAUCGGACUGAACAGCGUCGGCAGGCUUGUGAAAGGGGGUCGCUCCAGCAGCAUGGAACAUCUCAGUCUCCCCACCGUCCAACGGGCGAGCUCGGCCUCGCCGAGCCCCACACGGAGACCGCAGCCUGCCAUUCGCAUCCAGAGGACGCCCUCGCUGCAGACCCUGCACACAGUGCUCCCAUUGGCCCAGCUGCGUAAAGCCUCCUCUGUGCAGAGUUUAGAGAGAAGAACCGAGCGCUCAACAAUACUGGGAGAGGUCCAGAUACCGUUAGGCUUGGCACCCAGCCCUGACACCCCCCAGAUUGAGAUCCACAGGGCCAUAAGCGUUGAAGACAUAGUUGCUGCCAGAAUGGUUCAUCCUAUGGGCCGGGUCACCCAAGCUUUGCCUGAUGGGACUAUCCUGCUGGAGCUCAUCAAACCCCCAAGCGGCCCCUUUGGUUUUGUUAUUUCAAGGGGGAAAGGUCGACCAGAUACAGGUGUAUACGUGGAGAAGGUCGGCGACGGCGGUGUGGAGGGCCUGCUGGGCGUUGGCGAUGAAAUUCUACAGGUUAACGGGGAGGCGGUGGCAGGACUCAGUUUGGACCAGGUCACACGCCUCAUGACUCGGGAGAGCACCGCCACGCUCCGGAUCUUGCCUGCCCGACGCAAUCUGCGCUGACUGGGCGGGAGAGGCACGGCACGCGGCCCACGGCCUGUUCCCUUUGGAUUAACCGCCAACCCGGGCACUGCCAAAUGGCUGGAACACCUCGCAGACGUGACCACAAUGCAGUUAGACCUUACUCUAUAUGAAUGGACAAGGUAGAGUUUGUUCCCUUUAGAGCGCACAAAUCCAGUUGCACAGAAAAAUUAAAGAUGGAGAUUAUUGUGUAUUGUGAUAUAGGGUAGGAUCUUAAACCUAACACCUUUUUAUGACCUAACAUCAAGUGUCAUCUGCUUGGCAAGGACAAGCACUGCAAGUCAUUUACAGAAAUAUCUAAUCACAUCAACCCAAUCUCACGGGUAGAUUUAAAUUUAAGUGCAGGCAUUCCAGUUUGAACCUAUUUAUGACACAACACAAUCAAAAGUAGUUUAUAAGGCCCACUGGAAAACACUUUUCCAUCUCAGGAAGUCGAGCCGAUUGUCUAGAGUCAUUCACUUUGCUGCAAUCCUCCCUCCAGAGCAAGCACGUGAUGGCAUAAUUAAAUCAAAGUCCAGGUCAGCUUUAAAAAGCUGUGUUUGUGCACAAACUUUGCUCUCAGUGAAGACAUUUUAAGUUUAAAUGUUUAAAUAAGGGGAACAUUUUUAUUUGUUACCAUGUACAUGUCCUGUGUUUUUACAAAGAGGAAGACAUGAUUGGAUUGGUGAGAAUGUGCACGGUGUUGAUCCGGGUACUCUGACUGUUAGACAUUCAUCAGGGAGAAAGAAAGGGGGAAGAAGCUGUCUCUAUGGCAGCUGGUUUUGGGUAAAUAGCGAUCUGUAGCGCCGACCUGAAGGCAAAAGUUUAAACAGUUUGUGUGCAGGGCGCGUGAGGUCUGCAGAGAUGUUAGCUGCCCUUUUCCUGACCCUGGACCUGUACAAGUCCUGGAUGGAGGGAAGGUCAGCCACGAUUAUCCUCUCUGCAGGCCUGAUUGUGUUUUUUUUCUUGGUUUGGACCCGUCUUGUUUUGUAGAUGAGCCAAGUGCACAGUGAUGGAUGUGCACAAAACAGACUGAAACGGAAAUACACCGACAUUCACUAGACUGGACUAAAAAAAAAUCCACACAUUCUCUUUCAAACCUAUUCAUACCUCUUGACCAUUUUCACAUUUUGUUACAGUAAAACUACUAAGAACAAUGUAUUGCACAGAGAAGUGGGUAUAGUCAGUGAAUGGAUGGAUGGACGGAUUGGGAUUAUAUGUGAUAGAAAAGCUGUAGAAAGAGAAACAAAAGGAGAUGGUUUUGAUUUUUUGUUUUCCAAAUAAAAAUCUGAAAGUUGUGCUGUGCAUUUGUUUCCAGUCUCCACCGAGUCAAAUGUUUGUAGAACCCUGUUUCCCUUUAAGCUCAGCUGCAAAUCUUUUGGGGUGCAUUUCUGCCAGCUUUGACUCGAACCUUCGCCCGUUUGUUUUUGCAAAAUAACUCAAGCUUGGAUGGAAAGGUUUUGUAAACAUCGAUUUUUCAAGUCUUGCCACACAUUGUAUUUAGUCCUGGACAUUUAUUGGGCCAUAACACACUAAUAUGCUUGAGCCUCUGACAGAUUUUCUUCCAUCCGCUAUAUAGAUCCAGCCAAUUUUUCAGUACCUGCUUACAAAAAGCACGAUGUCCACCCCUCCCCGUUUUAACGUUUGUCAAUGAGUUAGAGGGUUCAGGGCGAUUUGCAACUUUGGUCUCUUUGUGACAUUUUCCAUAAGCUAAAAGUUCAAUUUUGAUCUCACCUGAUCAGACCACAUUUCUCCAAAAGUUUGCUCUCUUCCUUGCAUUGCAGCAAGUUUAAAUGGGGCUCCUUCCAGCUUUCUUUCACUCUUCUGUAAAGGCAAGAUUUGUGAAGAGCAGGAUUCCUAGUUUUCCUCCAGACAGAGUUUCCCACCUGAGCUGUGGAUCUUUGCUGCCCCUCCAGAGUUACCCUGUGCCUCCUGGCUGUCUUUCUGAUUUACGCUCUCCUUACCGUAGUGAAAGUCUUUGUCCCCGUGGUAACUUAGCUGUGCCAUAUACUCCUUUUCAGAUGAUAGACUGAAGUGUUCCAGGAGAUAUUCAAGGCUUGGGAUAUUAAUCAUAACCCAACCCAGCAGCUUUAAACCUUUCUGCAGCUUUGGCCCUGACCUAUAGCUCUAAAGUUCUUCAAAAGAACCUCUCAAGCCUUCACCCAGCAGCUGUAAUCAUACCAGAUUUGGGUGACUUUGGAGACACUUGAUGUCACCAAACUUUACUUAUGGAUAUCAGAAGACUCUGGCUUCCUCCCACAGUCCAAAAACAUGACUGUUAGGUUAAUUGGCUUCUCUAAAUUGUCCUUAGGUGUGAG